AUGAACCACCGAUGUUGCACAUCGUCGGCGUAUUGGACAGGAGGGUUAUCAGCGGCGCCAUCUCAUCGAUAUCGAUCGCGGGCGUUGCGACUCGCUCCUCGACAAGAGCAGGGCGAGGGCGACACCGACAGUCACAGCACAGCCGUUUCUGAAUUCGAGCAGACGAGCGGGUCGGUCAAAGCGUUUGUUGGUGGCUUGACCGAUUUGUUCGUGCGUUUUGCUGGCGGCGACGAGGACAGCGAAGCUCUCUCUGCCGACACCUCUGCCAAGGCUAGCCUAUCCGAGGCGGAGCUUGAAGCCGGUAUAAGACAGGAGUACGCCAAGAACUACCUCUGGACGGGGGACAUCAACGAGGAUUUGUAUGAGGAGGACUGCAACUUCACGGACCCCACGCUGUCGUUCUCCGGGCUAUCGACGUAUAAACGCAACGUGGGCAGCCUGCAAGGCGUGCUCGAUUUGUUUGUUCGUAACAGCCGCUCCGUGCUGUACUCGUGCGAGCUUCGACAGGAGGAUUCGUGCGUCCAGACUCGAUGGAGGAUGGUGGGGGACCUCCGACUACCUUGGGGUCCAACGAUCGACGUGGUGGGAAGGACGACGUUUUCGUAUGACUCGAGUCGCGGAAAUCGCAUAUUUUCGUACGACGAGGUUUGGGAGAUGGAGGCAGCUGAAGCUCUGAUGCAAAUUUUCAGACCCGGGACGCGGGAUAGCGCUCCAGAACAAUAAGGCAAAGUUGGAGUUGUGGGAGGAAUCGCCCGACGUGAGGCGUGGGUGGCGCCGUUGAUCAAACCGACGACCAACCGGUGCGACUCUGUUGUCUUAGUGAGCCGUCUAUCCCGGGGAGCACCGGCGACCCCGAGUUGGCGAUUGCCGAUAGAAUGGAUAGGGUUUGGUGGCAGGGGCAAAGGUGGUGCUUGUUAUUUAUCGACCAACUCGUGAUUCCCGGGAUCCGACCUACGUAAGGGACCUGGUCCAAGAGCACGACGUGUUUUCCUCGUGUAGAUUCCAAACAGACAUCGAGAAGAACCG